AUGUCUCCAGAGACCUCCAGUAACAGCAAUAUCCGAGUCUUUAUCCGCUGGCACGACCAAACUGUCUUCGCUGGCGAGGAGAUCAAGUGUACCAUCACCUUCAAGAACAUCGCCCGCGAUCCCAAUCAACAACGCCAGUCCCAGCGACUCACUCCCGCCGACCGCCCGAGGCAUGUUUCGCCCUUGCUAAGAGCCAAGUCUAACUCUGGCUUAACCCCGCCGAACUCUGCCCAAACACGCGGUCAUCGAUCUGCUCUAUCUCUCAAUGUACCAGCUGCUCAGACACGAAGCCGAUCAGGCUCGGUACCAUGGCCGUCGCCGCUUGCCUCCAACUCCGCCGAGUAUCGUGGCAAUGGUCACAAGAAAUCUGUUUCCAUAGUAUCAAUUGGUUCCACGAGCACCAUAGCCGACGACCUCCAGAGCAAUGCCAGCUCGGUGAAGCAGCAUCGUCCUGGCCGUCAUGGACGAGCCUCGAGUCUCCAGAUAGUUCCACGUGCAGCCGCGUUGGGACUUACAGGGCCCCAAUCUGCAUCACCUAGGCACAUAAGUUCACCUUUGUUUAACUCGACAUCUGCUUCUGAUACACCGCCCGCAACCUCUCGAUCAUCAUCAUUCCCGGCUCCGAGUGCAGCGGGCGCUCCACGCCCAAUGAGGUCUCCCAAUAGCGCGCUGUCCGAAUGGCGGUUUCCCAUGGCUCAGUCACCGCUAUCCGAGUCCACGACUACUCCCCUAGCAGCGCAUCACGACGGGCUGUUAAGUCCGAAUACUGAAGUAUCUACGAACAUGCCUAUACGAUCCAAAGACGGCAUACCUACGAUUCAUAAUGAACAUACGGCCCCGGCCAUGAGAAUAUUAUCCACGACGAGCAUGGGAGGAGGCACACCGCGGAGCAGCGGAGAGUUCUACUCCAUGAGCAACAACUCAACAGAAACAUUGGCCUCAGAAUACCCAUCGCAGCCUACGAGAGGACCUAUGCGACCGCCACACUUUAGACGGCCUUCCAACUUGGCGCCGCACAACCCGAAGCUGCCGGAGUCGCUUAUGAUGGGUUAUGCGCAAAUCCAGGGCUCAUUCACACUUGAUGGUUCACUAAUAAACCUGGGCCCCUUUGAGCAGGUCAAGCGCAAGGCCGUAGUCGGCGGUCAGGGUGGCGGUGUCAUAGGAGUGGAACCUUCGAAACGGGACAGUGGGUUGCUACGAAGCUUUGGGUGGGGGAGCAUUAGCAACUCAAUUGGCGAAUUGCUCGGGGGCGGCGAGCUAAGCAGCAUCAAGGACAUGCGUGGCAUUGCCAGUUCCAAGUCCGUUCCGCUACUCUCGACGCCACAGUCCAUUCUCUUUGUAGACCUGAAUCUGGCUCCGGGAGAGCACAAAGCUUUCGAAUAUUCUUUCCAGCUUCCCAAGGGGCUGCCGCCGACACACAAGGGAAAGGCAGUUAAGAUCUCUUACAGCCUUGUUAUUGGUACACAGCGAGCUGGUGGCUCAAAGGAGCAACAAGUGCGCUCUGUCGAGGUCCCUUUCAGGGUACUGGGCAGUGUGAAUAGUUAUGGCGAGAUCUUAGGCCAUGAUCUCAUGAACCCCUACAUAAUACUUCGCGACCAGGCGAAGAUCAAGACGGUUGACAAGCUAUCGACGCUAAAUGAGCUCAAGAAGAUCAAAUCCACGAAGCCGGAUGCAUCGACGAUCAACGAUUUUCUAAUAUAUGUUGAUGAACUUCUCACCAAGCCGAAUGAAGGUUCUAAUGCGGGCUUACUCUCGCCUACAGCAUACCCCAGCUCUCGGCGGCCAUCGGCGUUCGAGGAUGCGACAACGGCAACAGAGGCCAUCAACAUGGCCAUUAUGCGCAGCAACAUGACAUCUGAGGGCCAACAGAGUCCGAACCGCUUCGAAAUCGCCCGCAAUGGACAGCGCGUCGGCGUCGUCAUGCUUACACGUCCGUCGUACCGCCUAGGUGAGGUGGUCACAAUGGCGAUCGACUUCACUGACGCCGAGAUUCCUUGCUACGCCGUCCACUCAUGCCUCGAAUCCUCAGAGCGAGUCGAACCUCAGCUGGCUAUCCGCUCGGAGGCGUCGAUCCACCGUGUAACCCGUAAGGUUCACGUUUCGGCGUCGGAAGCAACACUUUACAACCGUAGAAUGGUCUUCACGCCCACGAUACCCAUCAACGCAACACCCGAGUUCGUUACUACAGGCGUCUCCCUCGACUGGAAGAUCCGUGUCGAGUUCGUCGUGCCGAGCCAGGACACGGAGCUCGAGCGUGAGUCGCCCAGCACCCAUCCCCUUCUGGAGGAGAUAUCGCGCGACGAGCGCGGUGGCCUAGUGCUCGUCGCCGUCGAGAAUAUUGCCUGCGAGAGCUUCGAGGUCGCCGUGCCGCUCAAGGUGUAUGGUGCUGUCGCGACGGGUCUCGAGAGGCUGGAGCGGGAUGAGGCAAUGGAGGAGGGUCUCGUCGUCUGA